GGAACGCUGUAGUCUAUACAAGAUGGCGUAUGUGGUUGUUUUGCAGCUAAGAUAUUGAGCGAAUUGCAGUAUUUUCCCCGUUUAACUUAAUGAAUUGUUGUAGUGUAAUCGCGUCGUAGUUGUUUGUUAUAAGCCGUAGAGUCGCCGAAUAUCUAUCAUGAAAGGAAAAGAAAGGUCGCCAGUGAAAAAACGCUCAAGGGCCGUGGACGAUGUUCGAGAUAGGGGAGGAAGCCAUCCGAGCAGCAAGAAAAUGGGGGUUGUGGCGAUUUCUGGCGGAAGCAACAAUGGAAACAGCUCUUCCAAAAGCGAAGGAGGUUCGGCGAGAAGGAGUUUGCUUGGAGACAAAAGGGAUAGCCGCGACUUUGACGGACAUGCUUCUAGCCGCACGGGAAACAGUCAUAGCUACACCAGCCCCGUUGUUAGCGCUAGCAGCAAGAAUCACAACUCGAGCCUGUCGCUCGAGGCGGCCGCGAGAAGCAACUCCCGCUCAGAGCAACGCAGCCAGCUCGCCGCUAACGAGAGUGAGUACAAAACACUGAAAAUAAGCGAACUGGGGUCGCAGCUGAGUGACGAGGAGAUCGAGGACGGUUUAUUUCACGAGUUCAAGAAAUUCGGCGACGUCAGUGUGAAAAUUAGCCGCGUUAACGACGAAAGAAUUGCGUUUGUGAACUUUAGGAGGCCCGACGAUGCCAGAGCGGCGAAACACGCCCGAGGUCGCCUGGUGCUCUAUGACCGGCCUUUGAAAAUUGAGGCUGUGUACAUGAACCGGAGGAGAAGUCGAUCACCCGUGGAAAAAGACCACUUUUCUGCAGUGGCUGGCCACAGACAUUUGCACACUCAGAGGCCUCUGUCCCCUACUGGACUAGGCUAUAGGGACUACAGACUUCAGCAGUUAGCACUUGGUCGACUUCCUCCACCCCCACCGCCUCCCUUACCCAGAGAGCUGGAGAGAGAGAGAGAAUUUGCCUUUUAUGAAGCCAGAGCAAGGCCGACUUACAUUGCUGAACGAGCUGCUGCUUUUCGCGAAGAGGAUUUUAUUUCUCCCGAGGACGACCAAAGAGCAAACCGAACGUUGUUUUUGGGUAACUUGGACAUUACAGUAACUGAAAAUGAUCUGAGGAGGGCAUUUGACCGCUUUGGGGCAAUCACUGAAGUGGACAUCAAGAGACCCACUCGGGGCCAAAACAGCACAUAUGGCUUUCUUAAGUUUGAAAACUUGGACAUGGCCCACAGAGCAAAGAUCAGCAUGUCAGGAAAAGUGGUUGGUCGAAAUGCUAUUAAAAUUGGUUAUGGAAAGGCGACCCCAACAACACGCCUCUGGGUAGGGGGCCUCGGACCUUGGGUUCCCCUGGCUGCGUUAGCAAGGGAGUUUGAUCGCUUUGGCACUAUUAGGACUAUAGAUUACAGGAAAGGGGACACGUGGGCCUACAUUCAGUAUGAGAGCUUGGAUGCUGCUCAGGCAGCUUGCACACACAUGCGUGGGUUUCCUCUUGGAGGUCCAGACCGACGGCUCAGAGUGGAUUUUGCAGACACUGAGCAUCGCUACCAGCAGCAGUUCCUGCAGCCGCUCCCUCUGCCCCACUAUGAGGUUGUGGCCGAGUCCUUUGUUCACCGUGCAACCCCUGAAGCUAUCAGGGUCAGAGAAAGAACUCCACCACCACUGCAUUUUAGAGAACGGGAACUCUAUGCCGGUGCAGAAUGGCCAGCUCCUGCCAUCCGUGAACGAGUAAGAACUCCUGCAUUUGAGUCUCUGGAGCACUUGGAACGAGAUCGGCGGCCCAGAGAGCCAUGGUCCCUGGAGCGGGAGCUGCCGAGCAGAGAUGCUGCAAGAAAACGACGCCUUCUAGAGGAUGGACGCCACCUAGACUGUUCACCCGACAGCAGCAGUGAAUGGGCAGUCCGGCGCCGGAGAGCCCCAUCAACUGAGGGCAGCCCAGGAGGUAGCAGUCGCGACGGCCGAUUCAGCGACUCCGAGCGGCCAACGAGAGCAGAGCGGCCGUCUCCAGCACGAGAGCGCCGCAGCAGCCUAGAGAGAGCUCCUGGAGAGAAGCGUCUCAAGAGCAGCAGCAGCCUGUCCGAGUCCAGCAUUGGCGCAAGUCCAUCAGAGAGAAAACGCAAAGCAAGUGAAUUGAACAAAGGGCCAUCAAAGAGAGAGCGAGCUGAAGGGAGCUCCAAGGGCAGCCAGUCAUCCAAGCAGGACACUGGCGGGAAGCUGAGCAUGGCCUGGAAUGGAAUGCUGCUGCUAAAGAAUAGCAAUUUCCCAGCCUGCAUGCACAUCCUGGAGGGAGACCUGAGUGUGGCCAACACCCUCCUGGUCGACGGCAGUACGGGAGGGAAGGUGACGCAGCUCCGCAUCACACAGCGCCUUCGGCUCGACCAGCCCAAGAUCGAUGAGGUGUCGCGCCGCAUCAAAGCAGCAGGUCCAGGCGGGUAUGCCAUUCUCCUUGCAGUUCCAGCCAGCUCCGACGAUGCAUCUUCAUCUUCCUCAUCAACAGACCCAGCAGCCUCAACCCAGCGUCCUCUACGCAACCUGGUCUCAUAUCUGAAGCAAAAGCAGGCGGCCGGGGUAAUCAGUUUACCUGUGGGGGGCACUCGCGAUAAGGACAAUGCAGGAGUGCUGCACGCGUUCCCACCCUGCGAUUUCUCUCAGCAGUUCUUAGAUUCCUCUGCAAAAGCUCUUGCCAAAACAGAAGAGGACUAUCUUGUCAUGAUCAUUGUCCGAGGAGCAUCCUAACAAUCGGAACACAAACAAAAAAAAAGCAUUGUUAUAAAAAAAAAAAAAUGAAAGAAAUGUCUCAUUUGCAUGCUCUGUUAAGCCUGGUGCAGCAACCAUAGUUUAAACAGUUAUUAAAAGGGUAUGUGUCAUCUGUUCUGCCAAAUGCGAUGCAUGAAAAACAUCUCAUAUAUAGCAAAAUUGGUUUUCAUAUUGCAAUAUUUGCUCACCAUUGCAAGUCGAGUUUCCAAACCAAAUCAUUGUGAUACUGUGCAACUGUUUGAAAGAGUGAAAGAUAAAAGGCAGACAAUUUGAGAACUGAAUAUUUACCCUAUACACUGUACUGCUUGAGAAUCUUAUACAUGUUUGUUUAGCCAUUAGAUUGUAAGCAGUUCCCUAUAUGGAUAUUAACAAAAAUGUUGGUUCAUGUAGGUAUAUUAUAUAUAUUUUUUAUUUAAAAAAAAAGAGGUUAUUGAGUCAUUGUGGUUUAACGCUUGGAACAAUCAGUUAACGAUGAAGAGAAAGUGUAACAUAGGCCUAGGUGUGUAGUUCUAUAGUUCACCUAAAGCAGUCCAGGUAUUUCUCACUUAAAACUGCAUGUUGACUGUUGUCCUGUUUUGAAACCUUUACGGGGUAGUUCACAGUUCAAAAGUUUGCAGAUUAUAAACUUUCAUACACAACUGUACUUCAAUACUAAAGUGUUUAUCAGUGUGUAACUGGGCAAGCAUUCAUUAAGGCUACAGAUUGUUUGUUUUCUUCAAGAUUUUAUUAUACCCAAGUCAUCUUAUAAUAUGAAUCAGUGACUUAUUUUGGUCUUCUUUUUAAUUCUAACAUGUUUCAGAGCCACCGUUUGCACAGACCAUUGCACAUAGCUUAUAUAAUUUAGAUCUCCUCUAAUUUGUCUUUUUGUAUUUGACAAGAUCUGAAAAGCUAGUUCUACUGAGACAUUUUUCCAUUUUUACUUUGCUUUUUACUCCUAGUUAAUUUCUGUUCAGGAUUGGUAAUGUAGUCAGCCACUAAUUUCUACUGAUUUCAAUGCUUUUAUUGUUGUGUUGUUUUUUUAGUAAUCUUGCCCAUCAAAUACAGUACAAAAUACAGUACUAAGAAAACUUGAUAAAAUAGCAGUAUGUAAUGCAUGUGGCUUUUUCAUUUUUGUCAGCAUUGGCCUCAGUUUUGUUCCAUAUGCCACAUUAAAGGAAUUGUUAAAUUGAUGUCCAGGUACCAGAAUGUGAGUGCAAAAGUGGUCCUUCCAAUUUGAUAAACAUAUAAAUGCCUAUGGUGAUGUAAUUCUACUUUGAGCUAUAUUUCCCAUAUAUUAACACACUUCAGUUGUCAGCUUAGGGCAUACUUGAAGCAGGGCUGUACAUUUAAAGGUGUUUAGUAUUUUCCAUUACAUUAAUAAUGACUAUGGCUCAGUGCAAAAACACAAAGCACUGUAAUUGGGUAAUACACAUGAUUGUGCAGUGAUGAUGCCACUAAAGAGCGUGCAUUAAUUAUUGAUUCAGCUUUUCAUUGGACCAUGUUUACAUAUGCAGCCCUAAAUUUAAGUAUGUUUUAAGUUGAAUAAUCUGUAUUUGGAUAGUCUGUUCUAGAUGCAUAGCAAACUGUUCUAUGCCCCCACAUCAGAUUUUUUAUUUUAGUUUCUUUUUUUGCCUUUCUAUCAAUGUAAAGGAUUUUUUGGAGUGUCUUGAGUCUGAUUAUUAACAAAUGUGUUAAUUCCAUCUGUAUUAUGCCAUCUAUCAUUUUAAAAUCACACUAAAUUUGCAUUUUUAAAACAGAUUGAUUUGUGAAUUAAGAUAAUUUCAAAGCUGUUCUAUAUGUAUGGAUGAGUAGGAGAUACUGUACUUUCAGUAGCCAUCUCUCAGGAUGAAAAAAGGACUGUUGCAGCAGAGGACUUCUCAUGGCUGGAAUCAAAAUGAUUGAGUUGAUACAGGAGCCCUUUGGAUGCAGAGGGGCAAGAGCUUUCCGUUUAGUGAUUGUGUAUUCUCGCUGAGAGAGCAGCUUCACACUUGUGUAAAUGUUUUUGUGCUUACACUUCCCAUAUUUAAACGGAAAUAUGAUCGUCUUGCUUUGUGGUGUGUUUACCUGGGUUCUUGAAGGAGAGGAAAAAAAGAGGAAUCGCUCAUUCACGCCUCGCACAGCUAAGAAAUAGCUGUCCACAUACACACAAAAAAGUGCACUGGCACUUAUUUGAUUUUGUCUUACUAUCAAUAAAUUGUUUCAUUUGAGGGAGAAAUGUUCAUUCCUUGGAAAUGAAUCGAAGAACAUCUCCCGCUGCUUUGCGGUUGUGUUUCGAUGGAAUUGUUGCUGAUUGUUUCUGCUCAGGAAAAAAAAAUAUUCCCAUAUGUGGAUCAGGGAUGACAUUAAGAGCCAAGAGCGAGAGCAUUUUAUUGCCGUGUUGUUGAUCAGUGUUUUCCACCCUUGUGUCCCGGAGUUGCCCGGCUUUGCUAAUUAACAGCCCUUGCACACUCCUGCCCUAAACCUCCCCCUUAUUCCCGAGGGAAGCGAGAGCAGAAAGAAGGGGGCUUUUGCUACUGUGCUCUCUGUAGCAGGCUUGUGCUCUGCUGCUGCCAAAAGUCAGAGGGGAGAUCUUCACAUAACAGACCUUCAGAUAAGAUUCGAGUUUUGUUCCAGCGCUACCAGUGAUGUCCUCCAAGUUUCUUCCCUACCUGCAACAGCUGGAAGAGGUCAGGUCUGCUGUAACCCAGCUGCUUUGCAUUGGCAGCACAACCACCACCUGCGAAUUAAAGGUCAAAUUUGAAUACUUUCUAGUUCGGUGGAGCAGGCAUUUGUUUACCUCAUCCUUUGGUUUUUGCACAUUUGAUUUGAUUUUUUUUUUUCCACUCCAUUGAGAUAUCAGUACAGGAAGAGGAUUUCCAUGAUCAGAAAAAAAGGAGAGCAAUCUAGAAAGUAAAAAAAAACAAAAAAACGCCCUUCUAGGCCCCGAAGGAAGGCUGAUAGUUUUGUUUUCCCCAUUUGCGUUUGCGACAGAAGUAUUAAACCUACACCUGUCCUAAAUUGACCUGAAGUUCAGGUGUUGCCAACUAGACUGCCAGUUUCCUCAAACAGCACGAGUUAACACGUGGAGGAGGUACUUGCAAGAACCUUCAGCUGGAGAGGAAAAAAAAAUGGUCCUUAGUAAACGGUUGCGUUCACCUUUAUCACCUCUACAUCAGGUCAUCCAGCAGUGAGUGCCUGCCCGCUGGUGGUGAGUAGGGCUAGUGUGUGUGUGUUAUACAGGGGACGCUGCUCAAAGCCUGCCUGCUGAAGGUAAGUAUCAGUGUAGGACAGAGUAACUCACUCAUGUAGAGGUUGAAUGUUUAUAUUUGCCACUAAACUGACAGUUCCACAGAUUAUAAUGACCCCAUGUAGCUUUGUUAUUAAUAUGACUGGAGAAGAUUUUUGUCCAGCAAGUACUGCAUUUUUAUUAAUAUGUAUUUAGAUAUUUGAAUUCCUUCGUGCAUGGGCUGAUGUUCAGUAGUAAUUCCACCCCCUUCUCCUUAAAAAAAAAAAAAUGCUGUUUUUAGAUAAAAAAUAAAUAAAAGCAGGUCAGGUUUAACUUUUAUUGUAAUUUCUAAAUAAUAAAUAAUCCUAUCCCUCAUAAUAUAUGACUAGUAUGUGGGAGUAACAUGCUUUAUAGAGGAGGUAAGUCUUGAACAUAGGGGUUUACCAUGGUGUUACUCUGGUCAUGUUGUGUUUUAGUUCAGGACUAGGAUUUCAAUUCAGAGAAUUGUCUCUGGAUAGAGAUUCACUCUGGACAGUUUAAUUAUAAAGGUAGGUUUAACUAAACAUUAGGAAAUGCCACCAAUUAUAUAAGAAACUUUUAGGAUCAAGUUGAUUUGAAAUCUUUCAAUAUAAACACUCAUAAAGCUUUCCAAUGUUCAUGUGAAUAUUAUCCCCUGUACAGAAUUUACUGAUUGGAUGAUGGUUACAAAAUAAAAAAAAGAAACCUAAAAUAACUAAAUAGGAAUGGUUCAGUGCCUGGUUCCAAGAAAGAAAGAAAGAAAGACCUUGUUGAGCGCCACAAACUCACCAGAUUAUAGUCCCGUGCUUUAGCCUGUGCACCCAAUAUUUUCUUUGUGCUCUCAGAGUGGUGAAUGACCUUUUAGGAUCUGAAUGAUGAUGGUUUGAUCAAUAUUAUGGUUUUAAGCGGACACUUUAGAUGAGAACUAAAUCAGAAGUUCAUUUGGCAUCUUAUCAUCUGCAAGUGCUUUCCAGACAUCCUUGUGAAAUCCACUAUUUGUGUGUGUGUGUGUGUGUGUGUGGUGUGAGAGAGAGAGAACAAGGGAAACUCCAGGAUCUAUUUGGGAAAGACUGGUCUAUUCCUCUCUGAUGAGCACAAAUGCAAUAUUUAGCAAAACCAUAAAUAAGAUGAUCAUCUGACAAUUUGCUGACGAAUACACAGAUUGUUAUGUAAAUAUUUAGACCACACAUACUGGAGUUCUUUGCACAGUAGUACACAAAUCAGAAGAACAGAUGGUUGGCUUCAAAUUUCUUUGACCUUGGAAGGUAAUAAAACAGUAUAAAUGAAAUAUUAUUCACACUGACAGCAGUAAAAAAAAAAAAAAAAGGCUUUAUAACGAUAAUGAUUUAAGGACAGUAUACAGAUAGAUAGCUAGAGAAAGAGAAGUUAAAGGGGGAAAAAAACAUACAAGGUCUUUAUAAAAUACUGGAUUAUAGAUUAUAGAAAUCUCAAAAUAUUUAAAACAUUUCUUGAAAAGAUAUUUCCCUGUUGGUGUCAUGAUCAUGGAGAACACUAACACCAUUGUGUAUAUCUGGUGCCUGUGAAGGCAAAGGUGUAGGAUGUACUGUAUUUUCAGACUCAUUAAACUAUUCAGUGAGCUUAAUGUACUGUUGGGGUUGUUGUCCUGAAAAAACAACACUUUAAUCAGGAUAGAAAAGUUUCAUCGUGAGAUGUAGGUCAUCAUUUAGAAUGACUCUGUAUUGAUUUGCAAGAACUCUGGCUUGCACACUACAGUGUUUUCUUGUUCUAAAACAACUGAUUUAAUCAACCAGCUGAUUAACUGCCCUUGGUGAAUGGAAGUGGAUGUAUUAGAGCAGGGAAAACAUUUAAAUGUGCAGGACCUGGCCGAGGCUGGGAUCGGGUACCGUAGGGGAACAAAUGGAGCCAAACAAUGCCAACAAAAUGCCCCUCUCAGCAUGUUUUCCUGCUGUCAUUUAUUUGUAUGUAUAUAUAAAGUAUUAGAUUUGACGUCUGCUUAGAAAUGAAUCAGACAAAUCUGCAGCACUUCCUUAUUGUAUGCAAGUAUUGACAUGUAUAUGGAAGGAUGAUAUGUUGUUAUUGAAAGAAUGAACCGUCAGGAUUGAAUAUGAUAACAGUUGUGAUCUGUGCACUUUAACCCUGGGAGAAUCUGACCGUUUUAGAAAGCCAAGAAAACAAUUUGGGUAUGAGUAAGUUUAGCACAAGAUUCAAAAGAGCCUUUGAGUCUGGGGAUAGCUAGACAUUGAUGUAGAUGGUCUAAUAUUUGAAACUAUAGUAAAAAAUUUAUAAGAUGGAUUUUUGUUCAUAUUAAUACUAACCUAUUUUUUCCCUACUUACCUACAUUCUACACUGAAUCUUUCUAGGCUGAUGUGAGAAACUCAACCACAGCUACAGUAAUGAAGUUGUGAGCAGUUGGUCUCCAUGAAUACACUGUGGGUAAUAUUCUUCUCUCUUCUCUUUCAACACUUUCAGUGCUCUUAUAUUUGCUCACAGUACCAGCGGUUGUAUUGGAACUUCAGUACAGACCCAGCUCAUCUAUAAGUUUAUAAAGAACCCUGGGCUACGAUUAUUGCUUCUAAAUCGUAAGUAAUUUAGCUUUGUGUGCGAUAUAUGUUUAGUAGAACUUUGUACUACAUUUGUUUUUGCUAUUAUUAUUAUUAUUAUUAUAAGUAUUAUUUAUUAUUAGUAGUAGUAGUAGUAGUAGUAUUUAUUAUUAUUUAUUUUAUUAUUAUUAUUAUAGUAUUCAUUCAAAAUAUUAAUUGAUAAAUUAAUUCACUUGUUUAAUGGUGGGCAAACUGUUUUGAAUCUUGCUGAUACCAUUUUGAACUGCAAAUAUGUAUGUGAAUCACAAUAAAGGCAACAAAAAUGACCAAUAAAUUAGUUUUUUCUUGUUACAUUCAUUCAACCUUGUAAACACAGUUUAUAUGAAAUUCAGACCCAUUUACCAUUUGCUUUAAUUUCAGUUAUGAAAACCUUUACAAUCAUAAGAAGUCCACCUUUUUUUUUAAACCACUGUCAGAAUUUAUACAGAAACACAUAGCCAUAUAUAAAAGACAGACUUUAUGUCCACACACAGUGAGUGGGCUACACUGAAUUGGCACAUUUCUUACACUACGUUGUAACUGUUUUAUUCUUAGACUGCAAUCUGUGGCUCAUAGAGACGCCUUGGCCCCAUGAGAAAAAAAGUCUUAGGAGAUUAAAUAAGCAGUGCUUCCCAAUCAGACUGCAUGGAUGUUGAAACAUGAUACAACAUUUUAAACAAACAACCAGAACAAAACUCAACAGUAGAUUUUUUUUUUUUUUUUUUUU